GCCAUUUCUGAUGAUGUCAUUGAAUGCGACGACCAGGCGCCGCUGUGUUAGCAUGUUGUGCUAAGUUUGCGAAAUAAAGAAGAUCCUCACUCUCGGUUGAUAUUUAAUUACAGGAGAACCAAUGUCUCUUUACGAUGAUUUGGGGGUCGCUACCAGCGAUGCAAAGACUGAAGGAUGGUCAAAGAACUUCAAACUGCUUCAGUCUCAGCUAAAAGUGAAAAAAGCUGCUCUUACACAAGCAAAGACUCAGAGGAUGAGGCAGUCCACUGUUCUGGCCCCAGUCAUUGAUCUGAAGAGAGGAAGUGCUGGAGACGACAGACAAAUUUCAGACACACCUCCACAUGUAGCAGCAGGGUUGAAGGACUCCGCGCCAGCUGGCUUUUCCGCAGGUGAUGUUCUAAUCCCGUUGGCAGAUGAAUAUGAUCCUAUGUUCCCCAAUGACUAUGAGAAAGUGGUGAAAAGACACAGAGAGGAACAGCAAAGGCAGAGGGAGCAGGAGCGCCAAAAGGAGAUCGAGGAGAGGGAGAAGAAGCGUAAGGAGCGUCAUGAGGGAGGAGCCCCCAGUGGAUUUUCGCGGUUCCCCACAGAGGCAGACUCUGACGAGGAAGAAGAGUAUGAGAAAGAGAAGAGGAAGAGGAGUAUGGGUGGAGCUGCUAUUGCUCCUCCAACAUCUCUGGUGGAGAGGGACUCAUCAUACUCAUAUGAUGAUGAGGGUCGUCAGAGGUCCAAAGCAGCAAUUCCACCCCCUAUUUAUGAAGACUCAGAGAGACCCCGCUCUCCUCCAGGACCCACGAGCUCCUUUCUGGCCAACAUGGGAGGGACAGUGGCUCAUAAGAUCAUGCAGAAGUACGGCUUUCGUGAGGGCCAGGGCCUGGGGAAGCAUGAACAAGGUUUGAGCACGGCUCUGUCAGUGGAGAAAACCAGCAAACGUGGCGGCAAAAUCAUCAUCGGAGACUCAACGGAAAAGACUUCAGGAUCCAGUCAGAAUGUGGCUGACACACCUGGCUCUAUUUCAGGAGCAUCAGCAGAUACGUCAAAGAAAAAUGAGGUCAACCCUCUGACGGAAAUCCUCAAAUGUCCUACGAAAGUGGUUCUAUUGCGGAAUAUGGUGGGACGAGGAGAGGUGGAUGAAGACCUGGAGGCGGAGACGAAAGAGGAGUGUGAGAAAUAUGGCAAAGUCGUCAAAUGUGUUAUCUUUGAGAUAUCAGAUGUGGCGGAUGAUGAAGCAGUGAGAAUAUUCCUGGAGUUUGAACGGGUCGAGUCAGCAAUUAAAGCUGUGGUGGAUCUGAACGGAAGGUAUUUUGGAGGUCGAGUGGUGAAGGCCUGCUUCUAUAACCUGGACAAAUUCCGAGUGCUUGACCUGGGAGAGCAGGUGUGAGUCAUUCAGUCCCUCACACCUCACAGUCACCUCCCUCACUUCAGCGAUGUUAGUGAAAACACCAGGAAAAACCCCUGUGUGAUCCUCUGUCUGUACAUAACAAGAAGAGCUUUUAUACGCCGUUUCCUGGUCUGUUUUUUUUUUCUCAUGUCUCAUUUGUUUUUGAGGAUUAUUUAAUCUGCAGUUGGACAUAAUUUCUUGUUUUUGCUCAUUUGUUGGUUGAUUGUCUACAUCAAUUGAAUGUGUACUGAACAUCUCUAAUCUUUUUUGGAAAAGAAGCAGUAGUGUGUUGUACAAACCAGUAAAUAAACAGUGUAUUUUAGAAACCCA